GCCCUGGGCCAAUAAUAUGUGACGUUUGGAUCCCCCGCAGCGCCCAACCAAUCCUCCAGCGACGUUCUCUCACCGGCCGGCCCCCGGGUUGAUAGUGCCCGCCCCCUUACGCCCCCUGAAGGAUGUUCCUCCUCAACCUCCUCAGCGAUUCCGUUUGAAGGCUCUAGAGGGGAGGACAGCGCGGUGACGUCAGACGGCGGAGCGCUGCUUCGGGCGCCAUGUUGGGGUUGCCGGUCGGGAGGUGCCUCGGGGUCGAGGGGUGGCGAGUGGGGGCCGCGGCAGCUGCGUCCCCAUGAGGAAGGAGGAAGAUGCCGGCUGAGCUGCUGCUGCUGCUGAUUGUCGCCUUUGCCAGCCCCAGCUGCCAGGUGCUCUCAUCACUGCGCAUGGCUGCCAUCCUGGACGACCAGACAGUGUGUGGCCGCGGUGAACGUCUGGCCCUGGCCCUGGCCCGGGAGCAGAUCAACGGGAUCAUCGAGGUCCCAGCCAAGGCCCGCGUGGAAGUAGACAUCUUUGAGCUGCAGCGGGACAGCCAGUACGAGACCACGGACACCAUGUGUCAGAUCCUGCCCAAGGGGGUCGUGUCUGUCCUGGGGCCCUCCUCCAGCCCUGCGUCAGCCUCCACCGUGAGCCAUAUCUGUGGGGAGAAGGAGAUCCCCCACGUCAAGGUGGGUCCCGAGGAGAUGCCCCGCCUUCAGUACCUUCGCUUCGCGUCUGUCAGCCUGUACCCCAGUAACGAGGACGUCAGCCUGGCGGUCUCCCGGAUCCUCAAGUCCUUCAACUACCCUUCGGCCAGCCUCAUCUGCGCCAAGGCCGAGUGCCUGCUGCGAUUGGAGGAACUGGUGCGCGGCUUCCUCAUCUCCAAGGAGACGCUGUCAGUGAGGAUGCUGGACGACAGCCGGGACCCCACGCCGCUGCUCAAGGAGAUCCGAGAUGACAAAGUGUCCACCAUCAUCAUCGACGCCAACGCAUCCAUUUCCCACCUCAUUCUCCGUAAGGCCUCGGAGCUGGGAAUGACCUCAGCGUUUUACAAGUACAUCCUCACCACCAUGGACUUCCCCAUCCUGCACCUGGACGGGAUCGUGGAGGACUCCUCCAACAUCCUGGGCUUCUCCAUGUUCAACACCUCUCACCCCUUCUAUCCUGAGUUUGUGCGCAGCCUCAACAUGUCCUGGAGGGAGAACUGUGAAGCCAGCACCUACCCCGGCCCCGCGCUGUCAGCUGCCCUGAUGUUCGACGCCGUGCACGUGGUGGUGAGUGCCGUCCGGGAGCUGAACCGCAGCCAGGAGAUCGGUGUGAAGCCGCUGGCCUGUACGUCGGCCAACAUUUGGCCCCAUGGGACCAGCCUCAUGAACUACCUGCGCAUGGUAGAGUAUGACGGGCUGACUGGGCGUGUCGAGUUCAACAGCAAAGGUCAGAGGACCAACUACACCCUGCGCAUCCUGGAGAAGUCUCGGCAGGGCCACCGUGAGAUCGGGGUGUGGUACUCCAACCGGACCCUGGCGAUGAACGCCACCACCCUGGACAUCAACCUGUCUCAGACACUGGCCAAUAAGACGCUGGUGGUUACGACCAUCCUGGAGAACCCGUACGUCAUGCGCCGGCCCAACUUCCAGGCCCUGUCGGGGAACGAACGCUUUGAGGGCUUCUGCGUGGACAUGCUGCGGGAGCUGGCCGAGCUGCUGCGCUUCCGCUACCGCCUGCGGUUGGUGGAGGACGGGCUAUACGGGGCGCCCGAGCCCAACGGCUCCUGGACGGGCAUGGUCGGCGAGCUCAUCAACCGGAAGGCAGACCUGGCUGUGGCUGCGUUCACCAUCACAGCUGAGCGGGAGAAGGUCAUCGACUUUUCCAAACCCUUCAUGACCCUGGGAAUCAGCAUCCUCUACCGUGUGCACAUGGGCCGCAAGCCUGGCUACUUUUCCUUCCUGGACCCCUUCUCCCCUGCUGUGUGGCUCUUCAUGCUUCUGGCCUACCUGGCUGUCAGCUGCGUCCUGUUCCUGGCCGCCAGGCUGAGCCCCUACGAGUGGUAUAACCCGCACCCGUGCCUGCGGGCACGUCCCCACAUCCUGGAGAAUCAGUACACGCUGGGCAACAGCCUCUGGUUCCCCGUGGGGGGCUUCAUGCAGCAGGGCUCGGAGAUCAUGCCCCGGGCGCUGUCCACACGCUGCGUCAGCGGAGUCUGGUGGGCCUUCACCUUGAUCAUCAUCUCCUCCUACACGGCCAACCUGGCUGCCUUCCUCACCGUGCAGCGCAUGGAGGUGCCUGUGGAGUCGGCCGACGACCUGGCGGACCAGACCAACAUUGAGUAUGGUACCAUCCACGCUGGUUCCACCAUGACCUUCUUUCAGAAUUCACGGUACCAGACGUACCAGCGUAUGUGGAACUACAUGCAGUCGAAGCAGCCCAGUGUGUUUGUCAAGAGCACAGAGGAGGGCAUCGCACGCGUCCUCAACUCCCGCUAUGCCUUCCUGCUCGAGUCCACCAUGAAUGAGUACCACCGGCGCCUCAACUGCAACCUCACCCAGAUCGGGGGUCUCCUCGACACCAAGGGCUACGGCAUCGGCAUGCCGCUGGGCUCCCCGUUCCGGGAUGAGAUCACACUGGCCAUUCUGCAGCUUCAGGAGAACAACCGGCUGGAGAUCCUGAAGCGCAAGUGGUGGGAGGGGAGCCGGUGCCCCAAGGAAGAGGACCAUCGAGCUAAAGGCUUGGGCAUGGAGAACAUCGGCGGCAUUUUUGUCGUGCUCAUCUGUGGCCUCAUCAUUGCUGUCUUCGUGGCAGUCAUGGAAUUCAUAUGGUCCACGCGGAGGUCGGCAGAGUCAGAAGAGGUGUCGGUGUGCCAGGAGAUGCUGCAGGAGCUGCGGCACGCGGUGUCCUGCCGCAAGACGUCGCGUUCUCGCCGGCGCCGGCGCCCGGGAGGCCCAAGCCGGGCCCUGCUGUCGCUACGCGCCGUCCGCGAGAUGCGCCUCAGCAACGGCAAGCUCUACUCCGCCGGCGCGGGCGGGGAUGCUGGCAGCGCGCACGGGGGCCCCCAGCGCCUCCUGGACGAUCCGGGACCGCCCGGCGGGGCCCGGCCCCCCGCCCCCACCCCUUGCACCCACGUGCGUGUCUGUCAGGAGUGCAGGCGCAUCCAGGCGCUGCGGGCCUCCGGAGCCGGCGCGCCCCCGCGUGGCCUGGGCGCCCCCGCUGAAGCCACCAGCCCGCCCCGGUCCCGGACCGGCCCCGCCGGCCCCCGCGAGCUGGCCGAGCACGAGUGAUCAUGGGCGGGGCCGGGCGGGCACCCGGACUGACCGCAGGGACUGGGCUCGCCCCAGGCCCCGGCCGCCCUCGCUUCCCUGGUGGGCGAGGGACGGGACUUGUGCCCCCGCGCGCCGGACGCCACGAUUUUGCCUUUGGUUCCCGAUGAAGUCUGAGGCUCGGCUCCGGAACCUGCCUGCGCCCCCUAGUGGACUCGCCAGAGGGUGCCGCGGACGCCCGCACUCCGUCCCCCACUGCGAACAAGAGGCGCGCAGGAACCGAGGACUCCAGGGGCCGAGGACUGCAGGGGCUGUUCCCGGAAGCGGAAAGCAGUUCGCGGGGAGAACCCCAUCCUGGGACUGCUCGGGCUCCCCAAGACUUAACGCAGCCCUCCCCACUCCUGGAGAAGUGGGAAGCCUCUGGGCAGAUGGGUGUCCCCUGGUGCCCCUCGACUCUUCUCUUUCUCUCUUUUUUUUGGGGAGAAACCUCGGAAUUUCUAUGAGACCCCCACAGGGAGGGGGUCAGUUGGGCCCCCAUCCCUCCCCCUGCCACACCCCAGUCCCCGUUGGAAUAAAAAAAGAACAA